AACAUAAGUUCGUUCACAGAUGAAUUGUUAUAUGCUGUACUUGACAAUUGAUGAUUUUGAUUAACAAAACAAAUUCAAAAAACAAAAUUUUACUCCACUAGGAAUUGUAGAAUUCGGUCGUCUGAUGGCUUUAAGAUACUGGACAAUUUCUAAUUCCCGAUUGAUAUUUUUUUACAUGUAUUGCACUUAAAAAUGUUUUGCCUUUGUUUUUUGUAUCACUCACAUAAACACACACUGUAUCUGAGCGCCGUUCCCCAAAAUGAACUGUAUUUAUUUAUUGUUGCAAGCAAAAUGUUUGGAAACAUGACGAUAUAGACGUCCACUAAUCAGAACGAGGUGGUUGUGUAGCUUUUUAGUGCUUAGUUUUUAUCUUAUCACUGAUUUGAAUUGUGAAAUGACGCGCAGGCCAGUCGCUUUUUUGUUAAUGUUAAUCAAUUCACCUGUUUGGCUAUUAGAUUUGCUCGUAUGUCCACAAUUGAAUCGCUCAAGUUUAUCCUUCAGCCACAGAUAAAUAUGGUUAUAUGGCUGUGUUCGGUAUUUAUCGGGUUUUCGCGGUCAAGUUGAAUGCUUCUGAUUGAACGACGGCGAUCACCAAAAUAACUUACUACUUGCAAUUGCGAAUUUCAGUUACGAUUUGUCAUCGACGACGCGCGUAUCAACGGCGGAAUACUUAAGAAUUCGUCCACUCAAAGUUAAACCAUGCACAUGCUCACAUUUGUAGCGCUUGUAACGUGGAUCUUGUUCCUUUCCACACAUUGCCGGGCGUUUCAGGAACGUGCGGAUUUCUGCAUAGAAACGGAACCUUUGCUCUUGACUGACAUAGGUCGUCAUGUGGUCAUUGAUAGCGACAAGGAAACCAAUUGUCGCAUAACUGCCACAACGCUGACGCUCAAGGAGAAGGAAAGCCUCGUUGACACCAUGUGCACGGAUCACGGCUCGACAACAAUAAAACGCAGCAAUCAUCACUUUUUUAAGCUGCACAACGGUGAGCUGAGUGGACGUGGUGCCCAGCGUGACAUAUGCAAUGGAAAUGCUAGCACAAUGCUGGCCUGGGUACCUUACAAGAUCAUGCUGCAGAAUUAUGCAGCUGAACUGAAUCCCAAGGAGCGCCUCAGCUACAUAGCCAAGGCGACCAAUGUGGAGCGGGAGAAGACUGAGCUGUGUCACUUCAGGCACACGGAUCUGGUCAACAAUGUGAUGGAUAAUCUAUUUACAUGCGUCGUCAUGAUAUUCGAGGACAACUUUUAUGGCAUCGAGGAUAACAUAAAUGUGCUGGUGGAGCUGCAGCCUUUGAUGUACCAGCUGCGCAACAUCACGUAUCUGCCAUGGCGCAAUGUGACCAACAGCUAUAAAAUGCGUUUGGGCAGCGGAAUGCUUAAAAAUCCCAGUGCACAGCGUAAACCCAUCUAUGGCAGCCUUAGCUAUGCGUUUGUGGAGAAGAUUCGGGUCAACACAAGCAGCAUUUAUGAGCAUGAGAAACUGGAGCAGCUGCCGCUGCUGCUUGAGCAUCGCGGUUCUGUACUGGAGCUGGAUGCAAACGGUGUGGGCGGCAUGGAUGUGCAGGAGCAGUCCUACUAUGGACGCACAAUGGAUGCCCGCAGCGAGGUGAAGGUGGAGAUAAUUGGCCAGUGGGUUGAUCAGCAUCGUGAGCUCAAUGCCGAUAUCUACGAAUACUAUGGCCAUGGCCUGAUGCGCUAUAAGCAACCAAUUGCGGCAGUCCGGUUAACGUUUGUGCGUAUCGACAGUACCGAGCCGGCAUUUGAGGCGCCCGAAUCCGAUAAUCUGGCCAAGGCGUCACUGUUCCAGGACAUGGCUGCUGCGCCAGCCAGAAUGAGUGCAAAUGGCUCCAUUGAGUUUAGAGAGUGGGAGGCGGAAGAGCAGCAAGGGGGCAGCUCCUCUUUCUAUCCCUGGUUUGUGAUCAGUUGCCUGUUGUUUGGUAUACUCCUGGUUACCCUAGUGUAUGGCAUUGUCCGCGUCUACAACAAAAAGACCAAGGAGAGGCAAAAAUACGAGCUUGCCAACACUAGCAACAAGCUCGCAAGCACUGCCUAGAAAUAAGCAACUUUUACAUUUGUUUCCAACAGAAAAUUUCAAGAUAUAAAAUAAAAGUUCUCUGAAUUUAAACAAUACUUUUUAUAUUUCCUUAUUUUGCAAAAGAAUUUCUAUAACCGCUAUCUAACAGCUGAUUGAUAAACAGCUACAGAUGUUAUUAACAUAAUCUUAUCGAUAUAUGCUAGAUGUUAAAGCACUGUACUUGUGACGUCACAUUUUCGCACAGCUGAAAUGACGCCCGUUUUAACAGCACCUUACCAAAAGCUUUCAUCAUGGCAUGACAGUCCUUAAAGUAUUCGUACCCGGCGCAGCUGUUACGUGGGUGUAUAAAAUCAAGUCAGUGUUUGGUGAAAAUUAUUUGCAUAUUUUUAAAUGUGCCAAGCUAUAAAAAAAAGAGCAAGUCCGGACGACAAAAAGUCGCAAAAAGCGCAAGGCACAGCGAAGUUCUGAAAGUGUUUGUGCGUGUUGUGAAAUGUGAAAUCUGCGGACUGCCACUUUUAAAACACAUUUAGGUGCGAUUUGAGGCAUAUCAACGAGCUACGUA